AUGGCGAAUCAAUCCACAUCCCAUCCGAUUCUCUGUGCUUCUUUCAAUCAAGAUAACAGCUGCUUUGUAAUUGGAACGAAGGAUGGGUUCAGAAUCUUCAAUUGUAAUACUGGAAGACUCCUUUAUGAACGAGUUAUUGGGGCUUUUGUUAUUGCUGAAAUGCUAUACAGUUCGAAUCUUCUUGCCAUUGUUGGGGCUGGUGAACAGCCAUCUUUAUCACCACGGAGGUUAUGUUUGUUUAAUACCACGAGUGGAACUGCUUUCCGAGAACUCAACUUUUUGACUUCCAUCCUUGCAGUUCGAAUAAAUAGGAAAAGAUUGGUAGUUAUAUUGCUGGAAAAAACAUUUAUAUAUGAUAUUAACACUCUGGAAAUAAAGAGCACAAUUGAUACAGUGCCAAAUUCGAAAGGACUUUGUGCAUUUUCUGCAAGUUUGGAUGGUCCCUUCUUGGCUCUUCCAGCUAGUACUGUGAAAGGAUCUGCGUUGAUCUACAAUGUCAAGGAUCUACAUUCACACUGUGAGAUAGAUGCCCACCGCUCACCGUUGGCUGCCAUGGUUUUUUCUUCAAAUGGGAUGUAUAUGGCGACAGCAUCUGAACAGGGAACCAUUAUCCGAGUUCAUCUAGUUUCAGAAGCAACUAAGUCAUACAGUUUCCGUAGGGGUACAUACCCAUCAACUAUCUUUUCUCUGUCAUUUGGACCAUCGGCAGACCUUCCAGAUAUUCUCCUCGCAACAAGCUCGUCAGGAUCAACUCAUAUAUUUUCUCUGGGUUUUGAUCUGAACCAAAGAAGCAGGAAAUCAAGUAGUUUCCUCGGAUCAUUAAUGCCUAGAUCUGUUAGUGAUGCACUGGAUCCUGCUCAUCAUCAUAUAUUUCACAAUGCUUUUCCUGCUGGAGUCAGAAGCAAUGCAGUGCUACGCAAGAUAGAUAAAGUUAGUGAUACAUCAAUAUCAGGACCUAUAGCUUUAAGAGCCACCAUAUCCGUAAUUACAUAUGGUGGAUACUUUCAAGAAUAUGGCUUCAGAAUAAAUGACAGAAAUGAAGCUUCGUGGACCUUAGAACACGAGUUUAAUCUCUUGACAUCCACUGCAGAAAUAACUACAAAUUAG